AUGGCUCACAUGGCAAUGGCCAUCGCCAGCAUCGCAGUGAUGGUGAAUUUUGCGAUUGCGGAUCCGCAAACUUGUCUCAAAGUCGAGCUGCACGUCACGGAGUUAGAUCGCACGAACACCUAUGAUGUAGCGAUGGUGGAAGAGCGGGAGGUGAUCGCACCAUAUAGGUGUGUGCGUUACAGAGGCCCGCCGGCCCCGGAGAUCAAGUUCCAGUGGACAACGCCAGAGUACCUGCUCGGGUUGAAGAUGUUCCCCCAAGGAGUGCCUCUUCUUGACGGGUUCCACCAGAACAAUGUGACCUUCGGCCCCUUUCAGAGGAACCAGAGUUUUGAUGUUUUCGUCACCGAGCAGCCGUACCGCCAACAGAGCAAGAUGCAAUUUCUUGUCUGA